AUGCAAAAAGCAGGUCUAGGUGGAGACAGAAAAGUCUGUCCUCUGGCUCGAGGCUGCCCGAGACCUGAGAACUCUCGCGGGAAGAUGUGUUGUUACCAUGGCAACCGCAUCGCUCCAGGGCAGGUAAAGAUGGCCGGUCGAAGUGUUGGAGUGCCGAGACGUGGUGCUGCAGGUCCUCAGUCGCGCGGACAGCUUGCAGCUGGACGGGACCUUCUCGCUCGGGAGCAAGAAUACAAGCGUUUAAAUGCAGAAUUGGAGGCAAAAACUGCUAAUCUGGUUCGACAAGCUGAGGAAGUAAUAAGAGAGCAGCAGGAAGAGCGAGCUAGGCCUUUUUCAGCACUGACUACGUCAUGCAAAGAGGAAGACGGUUACGGUCCGAGAGAUCUGUUGUCAUCUGAAGGGAUGGCUCAUCCAUGGUCAGAAACCAAGCCAAAGACCAAAAACACUGGUCCUGUAAAUAAGAUUCAAAACAGACUCCACUCUGCAGAUAAAGAAAGGAAAAUAAAUUCAAGUGUUAAACUGAAAUAUCCUGACGUGCAGACUGCCAAUGAUGUGGCCAUUCCAGACGAUUUCUCAGACUUCUCCCUUGCCAAGACAAUUAGCAGGAUUGAAGGGCAGCUGGAAGAGGACGUCUUGCCAGAGUGUGCAGACGAUGACAGCUUCUGUGGUGUUAGUAAGGACAUUGGGACAGCAAUGCCCUAAAAUUACUGAAGUUAUGAGGAGCCACCUGUGCUGUUGGAACAAAAACCAGAACAAUUGGAAUGUGUAAGCACAGUUACUGUGAACUGUCAUUUGGCUGUGAAGUGAAUAUGGGUGUACACUACGGUUAGCUGUGACUCCAAUCUGGCUCCAGUCUCCCCCCUGUGAUAGCGGUUCUCCAUUUGGAAGUUAGAGCUUGUCAAAUGAUGUCUUAAACCUAGCGAAUGUAUCAUAAGAGGCUGCCAGUGUGUCGUUUUCAAAUAUACAGUUUAUUGUUCACACAUUGGAAGGGGAGGACAGCAACUCACAGCACACGAAUCUAACAGCCUAACAGCCUAGCUCUAAGGGCUGCCGCCUUUUACCUGGAGGCGUGACUCGCUCAGACAGUGGCAGCAGUAACACAGAAUACCUUGCAGGUUCGAUAGUCCAGUCCAGGGCACAGCAAGCCACCAUGACUACACCCAUUGGUGUAGUAGGACAGUGAGGGGGUUCUGGCUCUGAGGCAGAUGGUCCUUUGGAGCAACGUUGCUUGAGCUUAAUACGGACCAAUUAGUCAUGUCUCAACUGUGCUUAGCCAUUCAGCCAGGGUGCCAGUCAGUCAGUGGUCGCCAAGGUCAGUGAAGAUUCCCUUGUUGCUAGGAUACAUGGCUUGUGUGCGUUGAGCUAUAUUAGAGACCAACCUCUUCUGAGCUGUCUGGGGCCUGGGUUUCUAUGUUCUUCUGAAGUUUGUCCCCUCCUUGCAGACAUUUGGCCCGUUCUCCUGAUUGAUGUGGGCUACCUGCUCCCCGGCCAUUGCUUGUUCCACCAGGUGCUUGCUUCUGCUGUCAGCUUGUUCUGACUGUCAGGAUGUUUAGCAGGAGUGCCUCCUGUCUUAUUUUUUUGUUUUUAGUUUUAAGUAUUCACUAUAGAUGAUCAGAAAGUUUAACUCUCAAAUUCUGAUACUGGAGACUCCUAAUAGGUUGUGUGUGUCAUGACUGAGCUGCACUCUAGUUAGUGGGAAGCAGUUCAGUUAUGCAUUUAUAGCAUCUACUGACCUAGUCAAGCCCCUGGAACUAGUAGAAGGAAGAACAGUAAAUGGUUGUUACUCUUCAGAUGCCUUCCAGAAUGUGCUGGGCAGAUGUUUGUUCCUGGAGACAGUCACCCACUGCCCAGUUACAGGACAGAGGUGUAGAAAUCCAGGACUACUACAGGCUGUACCAUGAGCAGUCCAGUAACACUGUCUCAGUACCUUCUUCAGUGUGCUUACCCAGGAAGAGUAUCCAGACGCUUGCUUGGUGUGGCUGGGUCAUGGGUGGAAAUGAAUGGUCUGGAGUCAGUUUGGGAGCACAGACCAUAAGAUAGGAAACUUCAUUUUUGUUAGAGAGGAUGUGUUUGUUUCUGUCAAAUUCUUGGACAUUGCCAACCUGUGACUGCUAUUAAUUCUGGUUGAUAUAUUUUGGAUCACUGUGAGUCCGGUCUGUAAAAGUGCAAGAAUACUAGUUUGUAGGCGUGGUUCUUAGGAGGAAGGGGUUGUCUUGUCCUCUGCCUUUGCUCACUCUCCAUGGUUGAUGUGACCACCUGUUGCUGUUUUUUGUAUUUUGUUUCCUACAUGUGGAAUGUUUAAUGUGUACAGUGUUCCUGCCAUGUUCUCCUGUUAGACUGUCUAUUUUGGCCAUAUUUUACUCAUAAAAUAUGACCUUUUGGUUAUUAGUAUCUUAGAUUUGAUUUUUUUUUAAAAAAAAAAAGCAGUCAUGUAAUGAUUUGACUUAACAGAGGCUCAGAUCCGAUUUCUAAAGGCCAAGCUCCAUGUGAUGCAGGAGGAGCUGGACAGCGUUGUGUGUGAAUGCAAUAAGAAGGUAAGCUUGCAUGGCCUCUGGCAAGAGUGCUCUACUGAAGAUGUGAGUCCAUUUUAAUUAUAUUUUGGAUAGCCUAAUUUAGAUUACAAUUACAGUUAAAUAUCAGAUUUGAAAAUUGUGUAUAUAUAUAUGUAUAUAUAUCAAACUGUAUUCUGAAAUUCUGAAUUCUACAAAGCUUGUCAAAAACUUUUUUGAAUAUCUCAAAAUUGUUAAAAUUAAAGGUAACUACUUUAGACUUGCUAGAAUAGCUAUUCAGUAUAAAAUAUCUGGCUUCCAUUUCUGAUAGUGAGUAUGAAAUGGGCUUUAUUUUUUUUUCAGCAAUUCAUGAAAAUAUCUUAUCAGAGAGCAUCUGAGACUCUUGUUUUCUGCUGUGCAUUCUAUUAGCAGAUCUUGUACAUUAUUCACAUAAUUGAUAAUAUCAUUGAUUGUAGGAGGAUGAAAUUCAGGACUUAAAGUCCAAGGUGAAAAAUUUGGAAGAA